AUGACCAAACAAAAACACUCUGCACUUAGCAAGAAGUUAACAACUCACGAACAAAUACAACCACCUCUUAAUUGGGAAGAUGUAUACAAAUGCAUCAAAGACUAUAGAAAAACUGCAAUUGCUCCCGUUGAUACAAUGGGUUGCGAAAGAUUAGCUGACAAACCAAAUGACGUUAUUACGCCUCAGACUUCCAGAUUUCAGAGUCUCAUAGCACUGAUGCUCUCAUCGCAAACUAAAGAUCAAGUUACUGCUGCAGCUAUGCAAAACCUUCGUCAACAACUUAAAGGAGGCCUAAAUAUGGAAAGUAUAAUGCAAGUAGAUGAGGAAUUCCUAGAUCAAUGUAUUUCAAAAGUAGGAUUUCACCGUAGAAAAGCAAAAUAUAUUAAGCAAGCUGCGAAAAUCUGUAAGGAAGAAUAUGAUGGGGAUAUCCCCAGUAGUGUGGAAGGAUUAAUGAAAUUACCGGGUGUUGGUCCAAAAAUGGUUGGCAUACCUUUGCAUGCACGUGGCGUGGAAACAGGUAUUGGCGUAGAUGUUCAUGUACAUCGUAUCGCAAAUCGAUUAGGUUGGUGUCGAACUGAAAAGGAAGGACCAGAAGCUACUCGUCAGGCAUUGGAAUCCUGGUUUCCAUAUUCGUUUUGGCAAGAAAUAAAUCCAAUGUUUGUUGGGUUUGGUCAGAUUACAUGCUUGCCAAGAUAUCCAAAGUGUUUAGAGUGUCCAGUAAGAAACGAAUGUCCUUCAGCAAGUAAAAAGGGCUAA